AUGUUUCAGAUUGAGGUUUCCGAUCGAAAACAGGUCGAGGUGCCCACUUGUUGGGGCGUCGGCGAAGGCGGCAAGGAGACGAACAAACCCAAGGAAAUACUCCAAGGAGGCGGCUUGCUCCCACUUGGAGGCGUCGAAAACCAUGGUAUGAAACCGAGAGCCCGCUAACUUUUUCAUGCAAUUUUUUUCAAAAGUCGAAAAGAACUUAAAAAUUCGUCAUCCACUAUGCUCGUUUUUCGAAACAGAUUUUUGUUAUUUUUUCUGAAAAUAACGUUGUUUUCUGAUAUUUGAAGAACCCCUUGAAAAUAACAUUUCGAAUCCGUUUGUGAUGUAGUUGAUGCCAUAAAUCGCGCCGAUUCUUUUAAACUUUUUUAUUGAGUUUACUUUCCUCUGAACCAACUAUCUUCGCUUUUUUUCCUUUAAAUACAUGAAAGAAUGAAAAUAACAAAAAAAUUGAACUUCAGAGGGAAAAACUAAGAUGAAAAAAAUCGGUUUUAAAAAUAAUUUGCUUACUUUGAUAGUACCUGAGCUGAAAUUUGUAGAUGAUUUCGUGUUAAGUAAAAAUCUUUUAUUGAAAAAAACUAAUAUAAAAAGCUCAGUUAAGAACCAAAGCAACUUAUUAUUUUUUUAUUGAGAACAUUCAGGAGGCUACAAAGGUUAUGGUCUUUGUUCCAUGGUGGAAAUCUUCUGCGGAAUCCUUGCCGGGGCUCAUUGGGGACCGCAUGUUCGCAAAUGGAUGAGCUCGGCUUCCGAUGCCGACCUUGUCAGUUACGAUUCUUUAAAAACAGUUUUUCUUUCCUGAUAAUGUACCCACGAGGAUAUUUUUCCCCAAUUUGUAGGGCCAAUGUUUUGUCGCCAUCGAUCCUGAGGCGUUCGCUCCAGGUUUCGCUGAGCGCAUGAAGGAAUUCAUUGACACGAUGCGCGAUUUACCAAAGGUUGGUGUUGCUUUUUUCACUUGCACUGCAAAUUUAAGACAGAAAACUACAGAAGAUUUUAGGCAGACCCGUCUAAACCCGUGUUGGUGGCCGGCGAUCCAGAGAAAGAGCACGAAAAACUUGUCGAGAAACUCGGCGGCAUCCCUUAUCACGUCAACCAAAUCAAAUUCAUUGUAUGAAUUACUUCUCCCGCCAUUGAAAUUACUUCUUCUGUUUUCAGAGCGAAAUGGCUGACAAGUUGGACGUUGCGAUGCCAAAAAUCCUGUGA